CUGAAUAUCUUCGCGCUUUUUUUUGACUACCAGCUGGCGUGGCACUAAUUCAGAAUAAUCCAUAUUAUUUUUAAGAGAUAAUUAUUAUUUAAAAAGAGCUACUAACUACAUGGCCGCCGUUCGACGCUCCACGCGCCUAUCGGCCGCUGCUUCGUCUCUGCCACCUACGCCGCAGUCGCAGUCGCUGCAAACGGCGAAACAAAGUGAAGUCAGAGGUCGGCGCAGAUCGGACGUUUGGAAAAUCAGACAACCGACUGUAGAAAUAAUUGAUAGCGACGAGGACUCUGAUGACCGCAUUAGCCUCGUUUCAGAGAACAACGAGAACCGCAGCCACCUGUUGAAUAAAAUGGACAACGGCAGCAGCAGGCGCAGGACGACGACAGGCUCAAGAGUUCAUAUUUCCGACAAUGAGCCACCGAAGACGCCACGCAGCAGUAAGAAAACAUCAAAAACAGCCGCUUCCCGAGCGAAAAGAAUCGAGGAAAAUGAAGAAGCGGUCAGGAUAUUUCUGGAGAGCAGUGAUGUGGAGGAGGAGGAUGUGGUCAACGCUUCUCCGCCCAAACAACGUAAAAUUCAACCGCUUCCUCAACAUCUUAUUAGUCCCUCGCGACUGCUGGACAGGCUCAGUAUAGAUGAGCGCCAAGAAGAGGACCCCAAGGAGACCAAGACUGAUAAAAAGCAAGAGAAACUUUCAAAGAAGAAAUCGCAGCCUCAAGCACAUAAAGACCAUCUUCCAGAAGAGAAGGAGGAAUCCAAAACGGAGGAGCCAAGCCUCUCCCCAGAAUUUAAGUCGCGCAACAAAUACCAAAACGCUCGUCGGGUUCUAAACAGUGCAGAGACUCAAAACUUACCCGGCCGGGAGCAACAGCUCCAAGAACUUCGAGAGUUCUUCACCAGUCAUUUGGAGACCCAAACCUCCGGAAGUCUGUAUGUCUCAGGCCAGCCAGGAACUGGCAAAACAGCUUGCCUCUCGCUACUGCUCCGCGAUCCGGAAUUCUCUAAAAGACUGCAACGUGUCUACAUCAACUGCACCAGUAUUGCCAGCGUGGGAGCUGUUUACAAGAAGCUAUGUUCAGAGUUGCAACUGAAAGUAAGCGGUCGCACGGAACGUGAUCACAUGGAAGCCAUACAGCGGCACCUAAGAACAGCCAAAAAGAUGCUCCUUCUGGUCCUAGACGAGAUAGACCAGCUGUGUACUAGCCGACAGGAGGUUUUGUACACGAUUUUCGAGUGGCCCGCCCUGCCCGGAGCCAGAUUACUUCUCGUUGGCAUUGCCAAUAGCCUCGAUCUCACUGACAGGGCUUUAAUGCGUCUAAAUGCCCGAUGCGAGCUAAAGCCUCGGCUUAUGCACUUUCCGCCUUACUCCAAGCAACAAAUUGUGGAGAUCUUCAAGUCGCGCCUGGCCGAGGCAGAGGUUUUGGACGUCUUUCCGCCAGUGACCUUGCAACUAUUAGCGGCCAAGGUGAGUGCGAUCAGUGGAGAUGUGAGGCGUGCUCUGGAUAUAGGAAGGAGAGUGGUGGAAAUAGCAGAGCAGCAGAAACGCGUUGGUGAAAAGGAGUUCAACAUGAAGGCCCUGGAACUCGAAGGCAAGGACAAAGAGGAGGCCAAAGAGAAGCAGGACACUCUAAAACCCGUCCAAGUGACACAAGUAGCGGCUGUUCUUAACAAAGUCUAUGGAGCCUCCCAGAACCUUGAGGCGGACAUCGAAGACGCCUUCCCACUGCAGCAGAAGCUAAUGCUUUGCACGCUAGUGCUAAUGCUUCGAAAUGAGCGAAACAAGGACAUCAGCAUGGGACGCCUACACGAAGUCUACCGCAGGGUGUGUGCCAAACGGAAUAUUCAUGCUCUGGACCAGGCAGAGUUUGCUGGCACCGUAGACCUGGUGGAGACCAGAGGCAUUAUACGCAUCAUGCGCAAGAAAGAGCCGCGACUGCACAAGGUUCUGCUCCAGUGGGACGAGGAGGAGGUACAUGCAUCGCUCAGCGACAAGCAGUUAAUCGCCUCAAUCCUCAGCGACACCGCCUGCUUGGGAAAGUAGCUGCCCGUCUGGAUAAUUACCUUAGGAAAUUAGCUUGGUUAAUUGCGCAUUUCUCUCAUUUUCGUUCACCUUGGGGACGAACAUUUCAGACUGUUUGAAACGAACGUAUAUAUAUAUGUAUAAGAAUACAAUUUUUGACGCUAAUUUUAAAAUUCGUGGCUGGCGCAAGCACAGAAAUAUUUUGAAAUAUCAUUUUGAGGGUCACUUUCGACAUUCUGCUGCUGCGGGGCAUUUUAAUUGAUUCGAAUCUUUUCAGUUUUUAUAUAGUAUGUGUGUCAUAAAUUUAAGUAAAUGUUGCGCCGCCUAAUCUAUUUCAAAUCCGAUCCGUUGACCAAUAAGCUAUAGACUAUUUCCUGUUAGCCCUUAAGUGCUUUAAAAUAAACCAAUACUACAAUAGAAAAAACCACAAAA